AUGGCCACUGCCAAUCUCACAAUUGUCACCGAUGCAACAUUACGCGCCAAAAGUUCCCCCAGCUUCUCGAGCGAUGGAGUGUCUCUGGGAGGCCGUCGGGGCCCAACAUCCCCUCCGUCUUCAAUUACGCCGCCUCCAGCCUUCAUCGCCGCAUCUGCUGCCUCGCAGAUUGUGACGAACGACCACGACAGCCAUGCCGAAUUCUGGCUCGAACAACACGGAAAUGAGCCAUCGGGAGAGCCUGCCAUAGUUGCACCACCCGCUCUGAGCUUGGUGAACAUGUUUCUCGAUCAGAUCCUCUUCACAGUCCUCUCCGUCUCGAAAUCAACCUCACUCGCGUCGCUUCGACUGGCCGUCGCGCAAGUCCUGAAACCGAAGCUGGCAUAUGGAGCCAUCGCGGGCGCUGAUCAGGAACUACACGAGUACUUGGGUGGCGGUGAGGAAGAGGAGCUGCUCGCAUUUCACAAUGGCCUCGACGAACCGAGCGGCGACUGGGAUUUGGAACUCGUUUGGAAGCGUACGCGACUUCGAUGUAUGGUCUAUUCCUCCCUCGGGGAUAUGGAGGAGGAAGACGAGGACUAUUACGCGGAGCGAGAGCAUUUAGAUGGGUCCCCUCAGGACGUUGUCUCUCCGGCGGUAGCCAUUUUCAUGACUUCGAUCCUGGAAUUCAUGGGAGAGCAAGUUUUGGUCGUUGCGGGGCAAGCUGCGUACCAUAGGCUGAGAAUCAAGAUCGAGAAGGAGAAGGAUGAGUUGAACCCGUCGGCAGGCAUCGCAGAUCGAGUCGUAGUGGAGGAGAACGACAUGGAACGGGUUGCGCUGGAUCGAACAAUCGGCCGGUUAUGGAGAGGCUGGAAGAGGCGAAUACGAACCCCGGUGUCUUCCGUCUCGAUGACCCAUUCGAUUUCCCGAGAGUCCUUGCGGACGUUGACUGAAAACCAAGCUGAAAUUGCCGUGUGUGGAGACGCAGUCGAGCCGGACUCCUUAGAACCACCUUUGUCUGCGGUGUGCGCUGAAGGGAAAUAUGCCGCUCUGGUACCUCUUCCGAUGAAUGACAACGACAUCUUAGAGAUUGAAAUUCCAGGCCUUGCUCGUCAGAGUGAUGACGAGGAUGGGUCUUCUCCGAGUGAGGAUGACGAGGUUCUUCUCCCAUCGCGGCCCAAGAGUAUGGUGAUCUUCACCCACGGCGUGCAAGGACCUUCUGCUUCCAGUUCUGCGCAACCUGAGCGUUCAGCCUCGGAUCGGGGGUCGAGAAAGCGCUCAAACUCUCUACCUUCAGCUCUACCGUUACCAUUCAGGUUGGUCAAACGCCAUAAGCCUUCCGUUGACGUCCCAGCGGAAGACAACCAUGCCACAAAAGAAUCCCAGCAAGACCCGGGCGGAGCCCCAGAGGAACCCGAAGACACUUCUCCUGAAUCUCAUGCCGUCAAGGAUGUCGUCGAUGCUCUUCGCACGGGAGCCGUGGCAAUCGGUGCUACUGUCAUGGCUGGAGUUGUUGCUGCGGCUCACGGCGAGGUACCUCAAACAGCCCUCGCUGAGCCCGACGAGCAUGAGCUGGAAGAAACAGUCACUGAGGAGGCCCAAAUUAUGACAUCGUCGCGUGUCUCCUUCCGUGGCCGGAUGACUCCUGAGGCGGGUAAAGAGGCGUCUUCAGGGCGUUCGAGUAUUCGAUCUGUGAGCGGACAUUCUCUCCGACUCAUAGAUGUCACAUCAACGCGGAGUCAAGUCAGUUCGCGGCAGGGCUUUGACGAUGCGGCUGAUCUCUUAGGCGCUCGACCCGUGGUUAUAUCUCGGUCAAGCAGUUUUCACUCCGCUGUCAAAUAUGAAAAUCAGAUAUCACGGAUGGAUAGUCCGGUGUCCAGAUGCUCUAAUACCAGUCCAAUUACUCGGAAUGGGUCAUCGCUGAGCUCAAGACGAACGAGAAACAGCGCUGAUGAUUCAAUUUCAGAGGUCGAGGAAGAUCACGACCCUGUGUCACCAACUCGGAUAGGCCUGGCCGUGGGUGGCCAGAGCAUUGAUGUUGAAGCCAUGCCCAGCUCCGACGAGUACAGUUCUGUAGCUUCUAGCGACACUCGUAGUGUAAAGGAGAAUGUUUCGACUUCGGACGGACAUUCUCGGUCUGCUCCCCUGUCUACUGUCCCCUACUACCAGCCAGGGCCGCCCCCAGCGGCAGAACACCAAGGAUCGAGUCGAGGUCCAGCGAACUACCAACCAGUUCCUCAUCCGUCGCAUCAACAACAACACUCGCCGAGCAAACCUCAACCUCGACUAACCACAGACCGAUCGUCUCCUCCUCGCUCCUCGUAUAUGGAGCACAUCAUAAGCAAGGGUUCUCCCACUCAUCAUACAUCACGCUCUGGCUCAUCAUUCGGCUCGCAGAAAUUGAAGCCCAUACGCACAUCCGACGACUAUGGGCGGAGGUCUGGUGAUACCAAAGGACAAAGCUUCGAGCAGCUUAUCCAAAGUGACGAAACCAUUCAGUAUACCCUGACACCGGAAAACAUGCGUGCGAUUGAGGUUGGCUCGCCUAUAAGUUUCCUGGAUCACAGACCCACGAACGGCCGAUCGCCUUCGUUGUCACCUGGCAAACCUUCAGCUGGUUUCAAUUCACACCCGCAUGUAGACAUUGGGAAGUCCUCCACAUCGAACAAGUCGGCUCUCACACCUGUAUCGAGACUCCAAACCAAGGCGGGGACCAAAUUGAGGCCGAACGCCCCACAGCCUCGAGAUGCUCGAUGUGAGCGAGACUCUAUUGGGGACUUCGCCGAAUUCAUCAGAAGCACCGGCCCUGCCAAUUCGUAUGAGCACUUACCCCCCACCAGAGCGGCUUCGACCAAACGUGGUACGAACAGUGUCCCGAGGAAUCCCGGCCCAACAGGACCUCCUCGAGCUGGAAGCGCUACCACAAUGACACAGCGUAGUGCCACUUCAGCAGGGCGAAGCAAACUUCAAGCCCGUGAUGCUGUGAUUCCCCGCGGUGAGACUGUCAGCGAUUUGAUCGAUUUCGUGAGAUCCGGACCUCAGCUAGAGAAACAAGAUCACCGGAUACCUCGUACCGUGGCGCCAUUCCGCGACACGUUGGACUCGGACCAUCUGGUUGGGGCCGUCGGUGGUAAAGCUGUCGAUGCCACUCUACCUGAUCUGCGGUUCAGCCAAGCAUUAUCAGUCUCCAGCUCCAUGACUUCGCAGAGUGCGCUUCUGGGUGGUUCUCGGAACAAGCCACUACCCUGUCACAGCCCGAGUAACCUUGAUGAGGAAGACUCGAUGCCGAAGCGCAAAACGCGACGAGUCCGCGAUCCGUACUCCCUUGACUUUUCUGAUGAAGAUGACGACGACCUCCUCUCGAGACCCGCACCAAUCAAGGAAGAGAGCUUGGUAGAUUUCCUCCGCAACGCGCCCCCGCCCCCGCCACCCAAGCCUGUCCCUGAGCCCGUGUCGGCGCGGCCUAGGUCUAGCAGGACGAAUAAGAAGCCUAGCUCCCCAAGUAUCAUGUCGCGAUUCGGUCGUAAUGGCUCCAUAUCUGGCCAAAUCUCAUUCAUAAGACCACAAGGGAACGAUUCCGCCUCGUCCCCGGUCACAAAAUCUCCCAUCACCCCUUUGGAUGCGAAUUUGAGCCCAAUCUCGCCAUCGUCCUACGAUCAGUCUCGUAAGGGUAGCUACGCCUCGCAGACCGACUAUACACGGAACUAUACAGCUGCGCAGAUGGGUAACCAAUCUCGCGAAGCAGUCAACGCGAUCAAGCCUCAAAGUAGCGACCCAACCAAGCUCCUCCGCAACGACCCGCUUCGCAGCGCGCAAGCGCAACCAAAGACCUUUGUUCCGACCCUCCAAAAGGAAGAAGCAUCCACCUUUCAACGCAUAUUCGGUCGCAAGAAGUCUGCGCACUAG